CGGCAGCAGCGUAGAAUAACUGUACGCCGCCAUCUUCACACCACUGUCAAGCUAGCUCUAAUGAGAAUACAUCACUUCCGGCAGGAAUCAGCUGCAGGCAGGAUGGCAGAGAAAAAGAUGACGUUCAGCAGGAAGAAUCAGCUCAAGAGCUUGUUGCUGCAGAUCGGUGAAGCGAUGCUGGCGGAGGAAGUGCAGGAGGCCAAGCAGGAGAAGAUAAAGUACAUGGAGGAGAACUGUCCCGGCUUCUCCAUCUCAGGCUGCAUGCAUGAUCUCCAGGAGCUAUGCCGGAAACUUCACAAGCAGACUGAUACGUUGGACGAGGAGCGAUACGACAUGGAGCUCAAAGUGAAAAAGUCCAACAAGGAGAUCGACGACCUGAAGCUGAGGGUUCAGGAUCUGAAGGGAAAGUUUAAGAAGCCGAUCCUGAAGAGGGUGCGGAUGUCUGCCGACGCCAUGCUGGCAGCUCUGCUGGGAUCCAAACAUAAAGUGUCUAUGGACCUUAGAGCCAACCUGAAGCAGGUCAAGAAGGAGGUGAAAGAGGAGGAGAAGCAAACAGGCGACUGGAGGAAGAACAUCGAAGACAAGUCCGGGAUGGACGGCAGGAAGAAGAUGUUCGAGGCAGAGGUUUAAAUAACAGCAUGUUGUUCUCC